CGAAUUAGAUGGGACGGGAGGAGAGGCUGAGUUGAUGAUGAUUUGUAUAACUUUCUAUUCUGCGAUUUGCUUUGAUUAUGCAACAACACAUUAAUAGUUUGGGGCGCUAUACUUAUCUCGAAGAAAGAGGGGCGGGGCGGGUAUAUGCACUUCAAACAGAGAGGAAAUUCGACAUUAUGCGCAUUCGUUUCGCGAAAAUGUCAGCUUACCUACUUCCGCGUCCCUUUCCCCGUUCAUUGCCUUGCUACCUACGCCUCGCCCAACGCGUCUGUCUUAUGCAGGGUGGUGUUAUGGCACAGCACCGGGAGGGAGAUGGGGGAUGCAGCAGCGAUCUUCGUUGCUGGGGAACAGCGUGGAGUGGUCAGCCAAGGUUGCUGCUCUGUCUGCAGCAACCCCCGUCCCACCGUGCCGCUAUUUGCCCACUGUAGCAUUCACAAAGGGAUGGUGUGCGUGUGUCCCGAUGCGGCCUUGAUGCGGCACUGCGUUUUGUUUGCUUUGCAGAAGGGUCUCAAUGGUGUUGGUAUUGGUGUUGAUGUUGAUGUUGAUGCUGCCUUGCCCCUGUACCUGUGGGGCUGGGCUGUGCGCAGACCAGACAUGGGAAAGCAACCGAAUUCCGGCUGAACCAGACAUCUAACUGAGAACAGUCCGUCCCAUGCAAUCAGUCAGUCCACAGCAAAUGAGAGAGAGGGAAAAACCUGGGGUGG